AAGUGUAGUAACAGUGUUUUGCCUCGUAAGCUUCAAUCUUGAAUCAUGGCAGGCACUCACCAACUUCUUCUAGACACUCCCAAGAAAAGUCCUACUUUCUCCUGCAAAGCCCUGUUGGUCUUCCUCUGUUCAGCUGCUAUCAUCUGCCCAUCUGCUUUUGUGGCUUUCCAUUUGAUCAACAACAGUAGCAACCCCAAUCUCUCUCUGCCUUCUCAAAUAUGUAAUCGGGUGCAUGGCCCAGCCUCUUGUCUCCAGAUCUUCUUAAACAACUCUGUCUCACACAUAGCCGAAGUCAUUGAUGCGGCUAACCAUAUCAGCCGCCGCAUCAAUGAUGCCCAUGAGCAGGCGCCUCUGGCUGACUGUGUGGAGCUGAUGGAACUCUCCAUCAAGCGUGUGAACGACUCAGUUGUGGCUAUCGGCCAUGGUUCAACUGAGUCGUCACUCGCCGACGCCCAUGCAUGGCUAAGCAGUGUACUCACCAACCAUGAGACUUGCUUAGAUGGGCUCAAAGGUGGGCGGGCCCAAUCAGCCAUGGAGGCCCAGAUUCAAAACUUGAAAGCCCGGGCUAGGACCUCCUUAGCAAUGUUCACUGCGAUCUUGCCGUCAGAUGAAGAAGCAUUCCGUCCAUUACAUGGGAGAUUCCCUUCAUGGGUCACUAGUAGGGACCGUAAGCUUCUUGAGUCUCUUCCAAAGGACAUCAAGCUCAAUGCCAACGUUGUGGUAGCCAGCGAUGGAAGCGGGAAAUACAAGACGGUGACGGAAGCGGUGGCAUCGGCACCCAACAAUGGGAAUAGCAGAUAUGUGAUCUAUGUCAAGAAAGGAACUUACAAGGAGAAUGUUCAGGUUGGGCAGCAGAAGAAGAACGUGAUGAUCGUUGGUGAUGGCAUGGAUUCCACCAUCAUUACAGGCAGCCUCAACGUCGUUGAUGGAGCCACAACCUUCAAUUCCGCUACAGUUGCUGCAGCUGAUGGAUUCAUGGCACAAGACAUUUGGAUCCAAAACACGGCAGGACCGCAGAAAAACCAAGCAGUGGCACUCCGUGUCAGUGCAGAUCGAUCAGUUAUAAACCGUUGCCGCAUCGAUGCAUACCAAGACACCCUCUACGCACACACCCUCCGUCAGUUCUACAGGGACAGUUACAUCACUGGCACUGUCGAUUUCAUCUUUGGUGAUGCAGCUGUGGUGUUCCAAAACUGUAAAUUGGUUGCUAGGAAACCAAUGAGUGGCCAACAAAACAUGGUGACAGCACAAGGCCGACUUGACCCGAAUCAGAACACGGGGACUUCUAUUCAGAAUUGUCAGAUAAUAGCUAGCUCUGAUCUUGCACCGGUGAAGAGCUCAUUCCCUAGUUAUCUUGGACGCCCAUGGAAGGAGUACUCUAGGACUGUGGUGAUGCAAUCAUACAUUGGGGAUCACAUUGCUCCUCAAGGAUGGGCGCUAUGGAGUGGAGACUUUGCAUUGAAGACAUUGUAUUAUGGGGAGUACUCGAAUAGCGGACCGGGUGCAGGAACCAGUAAGCGAGUGAAUUGGGCCGGUUAUCACAUCAUCACCAAUGCGGCAGAAGCGAGCAAAUUCACGGUGUCGUCGUUGAUACAAGGUGGUGCAUGGUUGAAAUCAACUGGAGUUACUUAUACUGAAGGUCUCUGAUUUCAUAGAAUCAUGA